GCUCCUGCUGAGGAGAGCCUCAUUUUUCUGACGUCAGUAGGCCCAUCACUCCAUCAACACACUGAUGGACACUUCCCCAAACGGAGGUGGUCUGUGCUUCUAUCUUACCACUGCCUUCUGGCUGGCUUGCUAGCUAGGCUAUGGCAAAGCUAGUAGUGAUCCAGGCUGGAGACUAUCGUUGACGACCAGAUGACAUCAAACAAUAAUUGAAGAUGCUGCGGCCAACACUCAUCUGUUGGUGUUUCUGGAUUGCGGUUGCGUCCGUGUUGAUUGGAACAUGUAGAAUCGAUGGAGUCUCGGGUGCUGCUUCCUUUCUUCCAUCCUCACGAGUAGACUGGCUGUCCGAAAAUUGUUGGACGGCAUCAUCAUCGUGUUCUACUAGCUUCGUACGACAAUCACCCACCAGCCGUACAGAAGAUGCAACUACCAUCACUGCAGGCACGGUCCUUCGCACGGCAUGUCGCAAAUACCAAAAGGAACAUUCCAAACCAUCCGGUCGUCAGUACACCACUCGCAAAAAUGCUCAAUCCAAAGGUAUUCGCAUAACCACCACCCAUGGCGUGCAAGACGAUUACAAUCAUUAUCGUACCGUCGCCCUCCAAUCGACGCCGGAUCGUGCCGUGUCGUUGUGGACCACCGACGUCAUGGCCGUGCUACAGGCACAUGGAUUUGCGCAGGUGGAGCUGGGAGAUUUGGGAGAAAACAUUAGUGUCGACGGAGUCCCGUACUCGUUUUUCAAAGUGGGACAACAAUACACCUUUAUUAUGGCAUCCUCAUCAUUAUCGAGUAGUAGUAGUAGUAGUGCUACUACUUUGGAAAAUAGUGAUAAUGACAAGAAUGUCAUUCUGGAGAUUACCGAACGCAUGGAACCCUGUGGAAAUCUGUGCAAGUUGCCUUACAUCAAUGCCGACCAUCUCCAACCCAAGGAACGCAUCCAAAAAUGUCAAGAACUCUUGGCGGUCCUGGAUCAGCAGGAGGGGAUGCGAGGAUGGUAUGCUAAAGUCAUUCAGGAAGGAACCAUCCAACCGGGUGAUAUUGUUAAAAAGGUAUGAUAGCUAGUAGAUUGCUAAUUAGACUGAUGUACGAGUCUACGGUAGAUAUGAUAAUAGACGAACAACAGAUGGCUGCAAGGCGUGGACCAGGCUCCAAAGAAUGGACCAUAGCGAGAACUAUGCAUAUUCAUAGAAGAAAACUGUUUUGGCUGAAAAUAAAAUGUUAAAACUGGACCUAUGGCAAUUAUUAGAAAUCGUAAUAACAAGAGUCACUCAGUCAGUCCUAUUUCUCUUUCGUUAAUUGGAGACUGCACUGCCCCCAAAUGUCGUCCAUAAACCACUUUAUUGAGAAGUGUACGUGUUUAUGAGCCUAUUGUCUCCUUACUGUGUUCUCCUUUGAUCAUCCCAAAUCCUCCUGCAAGGCCU